AAAAAAAAACAAUCUCUUCAGUGCUGAGAUUUUAGAGAGGUUUUCAAAUUUGUAUUUUCACCCUUCUUCCCCACUCUUAUCUUCAUCUAACAAGUUGAAAAUGGCUUCCACAGCAGCCCCGCUCUUCUCCUUGAGCCACAGUGCUCAGAUACAAUGCUCACCAGCAUGUGCAACUACCACCACAACCACCAGAAAAACCCUCAAUGUUUUUAACUCAAAAACCCAUGAACAAAAGCCUCAUAAAAACCCUAAUUUCUUAUCUUCUUCUUGUUGUUAUUCUUCUUCUUUUCCGAUAACUCUUAGAAGAUUUCCUGCGAGCCAACUUCAGUUUCACCCUCUACAACACUCUGUUCAUAUUGAUUUCCUGGAAAAUCUUGAAACAUCAACGAAUUUUAUUAUCCCCAACGGCGAAACCCACGAGGUUAUACUCAAAAGGGAGGAAAAAAAUGAAACUUUUGAUAAUUUAAGCGUGCCCAGAAGUGAAAGUCAGCAGCUUGUGUGUUUUGAGCCUCGUAGGAGAGUUUUUAUUCAGGACCCACCUUGGGUUUCCCCUCUGCUUUUGAAAGGUCUUUAUAGGAGAAUUAGGCAGCAAGAGGGGAAGGUCAAGUUGGAGAAGAGGAGGUAUAAUUUAUUGAGGAGGAGGCAGGUGAAGGAAGAGACGGAAGCUUGGGAGAGAAUGGUGGACGAAUAUAAGGAAUUGGAGGCCAAAAUGAUUGAGAAAAAGUUGGCACCGAAUUUGCCUCAUAUAAAGGGGCUGUUUUUGGGGUGGUUUGAGCCAUUGAGAGAGGCAAUAGCCAGAGAGCAGAAAGCCCAGAAGACGAAGAAACAGAAGGCGGCUUAUGCGCCUCACAUUGAUUUAUUACCGGCUGAUAAGAUGGCUGUCAUUGUGAUGCAUAAGAUGAUGGGGUUGAUCAUGGCUGCUCAUGAGGAUGGGUGUGUCCAAGUUGUCCAGGCUGCUGUGCACAUUGGAAUGGCCAUUGAGCAGGAGGUUAGGAUUCAUAGUUUCUUGGAGAAAAGUAAGAGUUACAGGAAAAAGAAUAUUGUAACCGAUUCUAAAGAAGUUCUUAACAAGGAAAAGGAGAUGCUGAGGAAACGGGUUAAUGGUUUGAUUAGAAGGAAAGCGCUUGUUGAGGUGCAGAAGUUACUUAAGAAUGAAGAAACUAAACCUUGGGGUCGAGAUACUCAAGCUAAGCUGGGGAGCUGUCUAAUAGAACUAUUAAUUGGAGCAGCUUUUAUACAACAUCCUGCUGACCAGGCUGGGGACUUUCCACCUGAUGUUCGGCCUGCAUUUAGGCACAGAAUCAAAACUAUUAUGAGGAGUCCAGGGCAGAAAAUCACAAAGCGAUAUGGGUUUAUAGAGUGUGAUCCCCUAUUGCUUGCAGGACUUGAAAAGUCUGCUAAGCAUAUGCUGAUUCCUUAUGUGCCGAUGUUGGUACCACCCAAAAAAUGGAAAGGGUAUAACAAGGGUGGAUACUUGUUUUUACCUUCUUAUGUCAUGCGUACUCAUGGCUCUAGGAAGCAACAAGAAGCACUCAAGAGCGUUCCUUGGGAAAGUAUGAAGCAAGUAUAUGAGGCCCUGGAUACCCUUGGGAGUACUAAAUGGAGGGUGAACAGAAAAGUACUUACUGUUUUGGAGACCAUUUGGGCUAGUGGUGGCAAUACUGCAGGCUUGGUUGAUCGAGAUGAUAUUCCCAUACCAGAGAAGCCCCCCACCGAGGAUUUGAUGGAAGUUCAGAAGUGGAAAUGGAGUGUGAGAAAGGCAAAGAAAAUGAAUCGAGAGAAGCAUUCUCUACGAUGUGAUACUGAACUUAAGCUUUCUGUGGCUAGGAGAAUGAAAGAUGAGGAAGGCUUUUAUUAUCCUCACAAUCUUGAUUUCAGAGGCCGUGCAUACCCAAUGCAUCCACAUCUGAAUCAUCUAAGCUCCGAUCUUUGUAGAGGAGUUCUUGAAUUUUCAGAAGGACGUCCAUUAGGGAAAUCUGGUUUACAUUGGCUGAAGAUACAUCUAGCAAACUUGUUUUCAGGUGGCAUUGAAAAGCUUUCACAUGAUGGACGUCUAGCAUUUGUGGAUAAUCAUUUGGAUGACAUAUUUGAUUCGGCAGAAAACCCUAUUAAUGGAAACCGAUGGUGGUUAAUGGCUGAAGAUCCUUUUCAGUGCCUAGCUGCAUGUAUUAAUUUGUCAGAAGCCUUAAAGAGCUCAUCACCUCAUACUGUCGUCUCACACCUUCCCAUUCAUCAGGAUGGUUCUUGCAACGGACUACAACAUUAUGCAGCCUUGGGAAGAAACAGUAUGGAAGCAGCUGCAGUUAACUUGAUGGCAGGAGAGAAACCAGCUGAUGUUUACUCUGAAAUAGCUGUGAGGGUUCAUGAUAUAAUGAAGAGGGACAGCAACAAGGAUCCUGCUAGAUUUCCUCAUGCUUUAUUAGCCAAGAUUUUAAUUAACCAGGUUGAUCGGAAAUUGGUGAAACAGACUGUGAUGACCUCGGUUUAUGGUGUCACUUAUGUUGGAGCAAGAGAGCAAAUAAAACGAAGAUUAGAGGAGAAGGGCCUUAUUACAGAUGAUAGACAGCUCUUUGCUGCAGCUUGCUAUGCUGCUAAUGUGACCUUGACUGCCCUUGGAGAGAUCUUUCAAGCUGCAAGAAGUAUAAUGGCUUGGCUUGGUGAUUGUGCAAAGGUUAUUGCUGCAGAGAAUCAAGCUGUGCGGUGGACCACUCCCCUAGGUCUUCCAGUUGUGCAACCCUAUUGCAAAAAUGAACGGCAUCUUAUUAGAACAUCUCUCCAAGUUUUGGCCUUGCAGCGGGAGGGUACUUCGGUACAGAUGAGAAAGCAGAGAACUGCAUUUCCUCCAAAUUUUGUUCACUCACUGGAUGGUUCUCACAUGAUGAUGACUGCUGUUGCCUGCAGAGACUCCGGCUUACAUUUUGCAGGGGUUCAUGACUCGUUUUGGACACAUGCAUGUGAUGUUGAUCAGAUGAACGAGAUACUUCGGAAGAAGUUUGUGGAGCUUUACGGCAUGCCAAUUCUUGAGAAUUUGCUUGAGAGCUUCCAGACAUCAUAUCCAACAUUAAAGUUUCCUCCUCUCCCUGAAAGGGGCAACUUUGACUUACACGAGGUUCUUAAAUCUCCAUACUUCUUCAACUGAUCCACGAGCAAGUCGAAGUCAUAUAUGAUAAAGGUGCAGAAGAACAGUUCUUAUCAUCUAGGCCCCAAAAAGGAUCAUGAAAGCCUAGUGAUGCAUUCAACUUUAGGAACAAGAGCAGAAGAUCACUUUUGUUCACCGCCAAUGGCAUACAGAAAAUCAUCAUAGGCUCGUUAUCGCAUAGAGGAUGACUCGCUGACUGCCCAGUUUGGCAUGGAAACUCAUGCAUUGAUGGGAUUUUAAUUCAAAAUUUCAUUACCAGGUUGCUUGUCUGGAAGUUGCGACGAUGAAGAGCUUUAUCUUGCAGCAAGUUUUUUUUUUUUAUUUUGCUGUAGGAGGUGAUCAUGAUAGAUCAUGAUCAAUAUACUAUUCUUUUGAAUGAUGUAACAUGUAGGGUAUAUCUUUUGUCCGCGGAGCUGACUGUAAACCGUGUCUCAGCGUAGCAAAUUGUGUACAUCUUUAGCCAAGAUAAGGGAAAUGUGUACUUCAAUCUCACUUUUUCUCACGUUUUCAACUGGAGAGACUAUUAUAUAGCAAUAUGAUUAUUAGUAUCA